AUGGAUGACAUCAACGCCAAGCUGCCUGAGCAACUGCCUGGCGACCCAACGAGCUACAAGUCGAUGGACACAGUUCCUGAUCCUCACCAGGUCAUGCACUAUCCGACCGAGUUUCUCAACAGCCUGGCACCUUCAGGUCUGCCACCACACAACUUGGUUGUUGUCAAGAAGGUGCCAAACAAGUUAUAUAUGGUGUCUUCAGAAGUAACGAAUGGGAACAUACCAUACGGCGACACCUUCUAUAUUUCUUCGCUUUUCUGCAUUACUAGCAUUUCUAACAAACGGAGCCAUAUCGUAGUCACGUGGAACGUAACCUACGUAAAGAGCACAUUCGGGUUCAUAAAAUCAUUGAUCGAAAAGAACACAGAUGCUGGAUUGGUAGAUCAUUACAAAAGUCUAGCUGAGAAAUUGAAAGAGCAUGCAAACACACCCAAAUCAUCUGGAAAACUGCGCUCUGCAGAACCCAAUGCCGAAUUUAAGCCAAAAAUUGCAGUGCAGAGGGCACCGCAAGGUGUACCAAAAAGUGCUGGAGUGCCAUACUAUGCGUCUUCUUCCAUAUUUGGCAUAGGUGCAAACACGGUCCUAAUCAUUAUGAUCAUAGUGAUGUUGUCAGUAGUAGUGGUGAAUGUGAUGCUGUAUAGUCAGCUAAAGGCACUUGAGUACAAGAGCACACAACAAGAUAUUUAUGGAGACUUGUUCGAUUUCAACAAGAUUGGGGGAAGCUAUCCCACAUCGGAUAACGACUGGCUGAAGCUGUUCUACCAACAAAAAUACCUACACAAUCAGGAGAUGGAAAAGAUGAGUGACGUUGUGACAGUGACAGCACAAAUGGUUGAGCAGAAAAUUGUAGAUUACAAAUUAAUUGCUAUUGCAUGGUGA